UAAUAUUAAACCGCUUCGUCUUCAUGGUCACUAGCCGUAGGACCUUUUCAUCUCAAAGAAGGUCUGAGCUAAAACUCCAACGCCGUUGAACCAGACCUCCAAAGUGUUCCACUACCCCAUCUCGGACGCACCUCAGAGGAAGCUUGCGGCGUGUGCACACAUUUGUCACAAGAUUGAUAAAGAUGGAAUAUCAGAGCUUUGCAUACUCGGACUCCAUGCCACUUCCAGGAGUUUACAUGGACAAUUCACCCAUUGAUGAUGGCAUGAUUGAACCAAUUUUCAAACCCUCUCCUCAAUGGGCCCCUCCACAGAUGCACCGUUACCUGACAGAACAUAACAAACACUCCUUCUUCAACUACUCUGGGGUUGAUGGAAUCUUCCCCGAGACGGUAGUACGGAGAGACGACACUAUAGGCCAAUUUCCAUGCGGCCUGCCUCAGCGUCGAAACUCGCCGUCGUUCCCUUCUCACACAUCAUCGACAAGCAGUAGUAAUUUAAGCCCACCUGGAGAGAGUGAUUAUUACCAACUACAUUCGCCGCCAACACCUCCCGACACGUCAAUCAUGUCUCCGCCCUUGAACCAAUAUGACAGCCCCAACUCUCGAGCUUAUCUAUGCCAGCACACGGGUCUUGCCGAUGACUGUGUGAAGCUACUCGACAUUAACCCCUACCAAGAAUCCCCUGAGAGCUAUUUUGAUGACAGCAACCCAAAGUCGGAGUUCCCUUCAAGAGGUUACAGCAUGUCAUCCGACGACAGUAGCACCUGCAUGGACAUGUGUGUCGUGCGGGAGCCAAUCGGAGGCCAUCGACUAAUGAGCCCUGAGGAGUCAGUACCGGAUGUGAAAGAAGAGGUUUGCAUUCCUGAGCCGCUCUCAGCAUACGCUCAGUAUGAGUCAGACGACGAAACAGGGUCCGGCAACGAAACCGAGACGUUCGUUCUGAAGCACGAGGAUGGAGAAGAUGAUGAGUACAAACCAUAUCAGAAGCAGAAGAAGACAAAGUCCAGCACAAGCCGGCCCACCAGGAACCGCAAGCGACAGAGCAGUCCCAUACCUAUACCGGAAGCUAAACGACCCAAGAUUGACCCUGGUAACUCUUGCACGAUCGAUAGGCCCGCCGCCAAGCCUGUUAUUCAAGGCCCAAAGAGUAGCUUUUCCUGUACCGAAUGCCCAAAGAGGAUCUUCUUCAAGGAUGAGAAUGGGCUUCAAAAUCAUAUCAAGAAGCAGCAUACACGGCCGUUUGUUUGCGUCUUCGGCUUCGCAGGAUGCAAUUCGACCUUUGCAAGUAAGAACGAAUGGAAACGACAUUGUUCUUCACAGCACUUGGUUCUACACUAUUGGAUAUGCCAACAGGACCAAUGCUCCAAGGUUUCGAGCAAGGCAACCUCACCUACCCGCAACCGUCUCAGUCCCCCUUCCACCCAUGGCCCUCACACGCCGGUACUCCCUCGCGGGACCAUCUUCAAUCGCAAAGACCUUUACACCCAGCACCUGCGACGCAUGCAUAUCCCAUCCAACCUUAAGAAGCACGUUAAACAAAGGAAACCCUCCCCUGAGUGGGAAGCACGCGAGCGCGCCCACCAGGAAGAGGCGAAAAGAACACGCUGCGAGCUACCAACCCACAUGCGAUGCCCGGCCAUCGGUUGCACUGCUCGAUUCGACGGUACUAGCGCUUGGGACGAUCGAAUGGAACACGUUGCCAAGCAUCUCGAGAAGGCGGUCACUGGCUCAGAGCUGCCAAUUGUGUUUGGUGGUCCGAAUGACGAGACUCUCAUCGACUGGGCCACCCGCCCCGAAAUCGCUAUCAUUGAAAAGGGCGCCAAAGGCAAAUGGGAACUACGCAACCCCUUAAAGCAAGGUGGCAACCAGGCAUUUGAGACGGCGGCAGACCAGGAAGGGGAUGAAGACGCCGAGGGUGAGGACGUCGAUGAGUGAUGGCUCCAAUGAGACAAUACUCAUGCUAUUCUUUAUAUACCUAUUCAUGUUAUGGUAGUGGCUGGAGUUGGUGAGGGCGUAUAUAUCUUAAUAUCUUGCCGUCGAAGUAAGUAUCCUGACGGAAAGAUACCUGAUUUGGACGGUAUAGGGAUUUGUAAUGACGGUGGUAAAUACCAGGUAUUCAAUCUACAGGAAAGUGCUUGGGAUCUAUAGAACAACCGUGGAGUUCAAGGGACGUGUACUACUACUAUCUACGAUGUUACGAUAUAAUUAUACUUGCUACUUAAAUUGAAGGCAAGCACGGGGUAGUCGUGGAAAGCCAAGCGGAUUUCUGCACGAUAUUUCUAUAGCUUCAUAGAUCUCAUGCGAUGAACUUAUAAGUUCUCAAUGAUGUAAUGAGAGGUACUUAAGAAGAAGAAGAAAAAAACUAU